UAUACCCAUAUAAAAGGACAAGAAGAAAUUAUUUCGAAGACUCAAUCGGUAGAUACAAAUAAAAGCGGACUAAAAUCAAAAUUAUUAUUUGUACAAAUUUCUUCUGAUAAAACUGCUUGCCAGGUAUGUCCAACUGAAUCUCAGCAAAGGCAAGACAAUAUAACUCAAAUGCUAAGACAUGUUGACAGUAAAUAUGAGUAUAAUAUUAUCAAAAUGUCAAAACCAACAAAGUUAACGCAACAAAAUUCAAGAAUUGCAUACGGCUCACCUACAAUUUCUUCCACUGAAGAUGCAUCGACGCUUACUCACGAAAUGUUCUGUCCAUGCGCGUGUGGAUUGCUUGUGAGAGGUGAAACCAAAAGCGAAGUCUCCAUCAAAUCAGCGUUUAUGCUAAAACAAAACUUCAUUAAAACGUAUUAAAAACGUUGUUUAAACGUAGAAUAUUUAUUUUCUAUUUAU